UCGACCCUCCAGCCGAUCUGUCUGGAUACUGUAAUCCGCAUCCGGCCCGCGCGUCACGGCGCGCAGCGCUUCGGUGUAAAUGUUUGAAUUUGACAUUUUGAGCUCGUCAUGAAGGUCGGUGACUGUGCUGAACUGUGACAAACUAAAAGGAAUUUAAUACAUCGCAGUAGAUAGCGGCCGGCAUCCUGUUCAUCUCCAUUCAAAACCAUGACAACACGGAACAAGCUCGGAUUUAUCCCGCCAACUUAAAGGACAUUGUGCCGGGGCGUCAAUCAGGCAUUAUUGCGCCCCUGAACAAAUGCAAAAUCUUGACUGGAACAAAUGCUUCCAACGGGUCUCGGACGCGGGGCUACAUUUCGACCUUUUGUUCUCCUCCUAUGGUUGGCAUUUAUUUGUGUCCCCUCUCGUCCGACCACCCAGGACGACAGAGAGACGAGUCCAGUCUCUUCCUGCUGAAGUGGACCCAUAUCGAUAUCAAAUAGGAAACCAAGGGCUGCAUUUACGGCGUUUAUCAGCCUCUAUUUAAACAAAAGAAUUUACAUAAAUUGAGAUUUAAAGAAUAUAUUAGUAAAAGAGACUCGGGAAAUAAGCAGAAAUUGGUUUUACCGCAAUUUAAUUAAAAUUAUUCUGCGCGCAAAGUGACAAAUAAUAAAUCAGAUAUCAGCACAAAUCAGUUGUUGCAUCUUUUUAAAGAAAAAAAUCACGCUUUUUCCAAUAAGAUCAUUGCAUUGAUGUGACGUAAAAUUAAUGUAGCAAAAUGGUUUUUUUUGGGGGGGGGGGUGUCCUCCGCAGCCACACCGCUGCUAAUAAGUGCGUAAUUACGCGUCAUUACUUGAACAAACUGCUAAUUGCUCACUUUGUAUGCAAAUGAUGGGCUAGAGGAGGAGGGGGAGGAUGAGGGUGAUGAGGAGGAGGGAUGGCCCUCUGUUGUCAGUUGCCACCCAAGACGUGAUUCAGCUCCAACAAUCACCAUUAUCCACACGACGAUUCGGGUCGAAUCAGUGACGAUGACGAGUGUUUCCUUCAGUCAUUGUUGAAGCUCUGAUGCGUUCUGCGCGUCCACACCUACCGAGCACUCAGACCAGUCAGGUGUCAGUGGAGGACAGGCUUUAUAAGUGUAAACAGUGCUACGGAGCGCAGUGCGUAAACUGGAUCUUCCCCUGUAGCUGGUUUGGAGACGCGAUGGCUGUUCCGACUAAAUUCAGUUUUUCCGUCAGGAGCAUCCUGGAUUUGCCCGAUGGGGACACAGCGACACGGUCCUCUCCGGGUUACUCCACCAGCUCAGCCUUCACCUCCUGGAUGGACUGCGACCCGAGUCCCUGCAUGUCUUCUGAUGAAAGCAGCCUGGAGGCCUGUCCCAAUUCCACCAAAACGGACGAGACCUCGGCGCAAUCAGAGCGUAGCAAAAAGAACAAGAAGCGCCGCGUUUUGUUCUCCAAGACGCAGACUCUGGAGUUGGAGAGGCGUUUCCGUCAGCAGCGGUACUUGUCCGGUCCGGAGAGAGAGCAGCUGGCCCGCCUGCUCAGCCUGACCCCGACUCAGGUCAAGAUCUGGUUUCAGAACCACCGCUAUAAGAUGAAGAGAGGACGCGCAGAAGGAGCGCACCAGGACGCGGAGAUCCCGCCGCCUCCGGUUCUGCGCAGAAUCGUUGUUCCGAUCCUGGUCCGGGAUGGGAAACCGUUUCGCCCCUGCUUGCUUGACACAGAAAAAAACAGCUGUCUUCCACCUGCUCAAGCCUUCUCGCUGGCCUACCCUCUCCAGCAUCCCUCCCCGCUCCUUCCUCCCAGGUACCAGCACUUUCCAGGCCCGGCGGCCUCCUCUUACUCCUUUCCCUGGAGAAACUUUUGGAACGACUCCACUCAGCUCAGUUCUUUCAAAUGAUAUCUCACCGAGUGCACAAAAAAUCAUUUAGAACAACAUCAAAUGUUUUCUGAAUGUUUUAACUUUUUCAAAAAUUUUGAGCAUUUUAAACUUAGAAUCCUAGAACAAAUAUUUUGCACAAUUUAUUUUGAUAUUUUUUUGCUGGUAAUAUGGUGUAGAUUUUAAUUAUCUGUGAGGUAAUGUAUUUGUAUUUUUGAAAGUGUUUAAUUAUAUUUUUUAUAUAUAAAUAACUUGUUAAAUGUAAAUAAAUAGGCUGCACUAGGCGCUAAUAUAUUGUGUAGCAGCAAAGCAUGGUCGUUUAAAAGAAGUGUAAUGAGGUUUUUAAUUUCUAAAGAAUAUGUUUUUGAUGUUUUUGAGUGUUAACCGUUUCUAGUUAUGAACAAAUUAUUAAUAAAGGUUUUCUCCUAUUUUGAAUAUUUUUUUUCAGGAUAAUGUAUUUUUUGUUUAGAUUUAGUCUAACACAUGAAUACAAAUAACGCAUAUGUAAAUAAUGAAUACA